AUGUCAAACCCCGCGCAACCCUACGACUCCAGACGGUCGACUAUUUAUAGCCGUCAACCAGAAGAACUUCACAUUCCAGCCGGAAACUCCGCAUCUGGUACCCUUCCGCGACAAUCGAUGUCCCAUGAAUACCCGACGAGCCCCGAUGCGCAGCUUCCAUCCAUAAAUAUCCAUUCUUCAGGCGCCCAGCCUAACCAGUACGGAGGCGGCAACGGGGGUGUCGCAGGGGGAGCGCUUCCUGGUGCUCUCCAACCGGGAAAUGCUGCCAAUCGACCACCAACGGUGUCCAUGAACACAGCACCGUCCGCAAUUCCGACGCUACCUCAUCUAUCUACACAGCUCCAGCUCCAGCAACAACCUCAGCCCCAGCCCCAGCCUCAAUCAAACACUCCACGUUCCAGUAUGGUGAACUCCCAUGGACACUCCAGAUCGAGCCCGGCAGGAUAUAGACCGCAUGGACCGUCUCCGAAUGCUGGGUUUCAGCCGCCAACACCGCUGGGCGCUAAAUACUCGCCUUUAGGACUGGCUGAUAUCCGGCCCCCUGGGGAUCUUCUUAGUGAUAACAUCACAAGCGCGGGCGCAUCGACUUUCAACAGUGCCGAAAACCAGGUCCCCACAAACAGCAAUUACAUUACUCCUUGGCCUAUCUAUGCCGUGGACUGGUGUAAGUGGCCGGUCUCGGGGAAUCCUGGCUCCUUCGGCGGUAAGAUUGCUCUGGGAAGCUACCUAGAAGACCACCAUAACUAUAUACAAAUCUUGGACACUCACCUGGCAUACGCCGACUCCGAUACACCUGAUGCCGCUGCCGGGGAGCUUAAGCUGGAAUACGUGAAAACCGCCGAAGCUACCCACUCGUAUCCUGUUACACGCAUUCUCUGGGAACCGCCAUCAUCACAGAAACAAUCCACUGACCUUCUAGCCACCUCCGGAGACCAUCUCCGGUUAUGGUCCCUACCGAACUCACAGCCUCAACACAGCUCCAACUCGAUAACACGACCGUCAAGUCAGAGAGAUUUGCCUACAGCCAAGCUUUCACCCUUGGCGUUGCUCUCAAACUCAAAGUCGCCUGAGCAUACCGCUCCUAUUACCUCAUUGGACUGGAACACGAUAUCUCCCAGUUUGAUCAUUACCUCUAGUAUUGAUACCACCUGCACGAUCUGGGAUAUUCCCACAUUGACAGCGAAGACACAACUUAUUGCACACGACAAGGAAGUGUACGACGUGCGCUUCUGCGCCAACAGCGUCGACGUGUUUGUCAGCUGCGGCGCUGAUGGGAGUGUACGCAUGUUUGAUCUACGAAGCCUGGAGCACAGCACAAUUAUAUACGAGCCGACGGAAAAGAACGAGAAGUUGAUGAGCCCUGGCAAUGGAAGUCCCUCCGCGCCGACUGCCACCUACCCUCCGCCAUUGUUGCGUAUCUCCGCCUCACCGCACGACGCACACCUUCUUGCAACAUUCUCGCAAGACUCAAGCAUAGUUCGAGUCCUAGACGUCCGGCAACCAGGCCAAGCCCUUCUCGAACUCAAGGGCCACUCGGCGCCCCUCAACUCUGUCGAAUGGUCUCCCAACCGCCGCGGCGUCCUUGCCUCCGGCGCAGACGACUGCCUCGUUCUCCUCUGGGACCUCAUCAACCAGCACAACACAACCCCCGUCCCACCAGGCGUCCACAACCCAGGCGCCCCAUCCACAACCACAGAGCGUGGGCCCGCAGCCGCAUGGCAAUGCGACUACGAGAUCUCCAACAUCAGCUGGUCGCCGCAGGGCGGAACCACGAAUGCCGGUCAUCCGCGCGACUGGCUGGGUGUUUGUGGAGGGCGGGGCGUGUGGGGAGUCGCGCUGUGA